CGUGAAGAUGUGUACUCGUACGAGUAUGAAGAUGGCCCAGGCCCCAACACCCAGAAUCUGGCCUUUGAUCUCAAAAACGGAUUUAACACCCCCUGGAAUGCGAAAAUUCUCGAUAUUCUCCUUGAAGAAUUGAAAAAGAGGAGUGUAGAAGAGGAGUGGCCGUUCCGGAGGUCGGAUGCCUAUUAUAAGGCAAUACUCGAAGAUCGCUACAAGCGGAUGCGGAUGGUCUGGAGAGCAGCCCAACCAAAGGUUACAGCAAAGGGCUGCUUGGAGACUGCGGAAGAAGUGGAGGAGAGGUUGAUUGCAAAAAGAGGUGAAAAUCUGAAGUCGGUUCUCCUGGAGCAAGUUAUUGAGCUGAAGAAAGAUGGCGAGGACGACGACCUACCAGCUUGGCAGUGGCUUCAAAAACUAGUCAAGACGCUGGGAGACGGGGGUAUGAGUUCAGAAGAAAGUGAUAUCGAAAACGACGUCGAAUGUGUGCUCCGGGUCAAGAACAUGGCAUGGCAUCGCGGGAUAGAGCGAGAACUGAAUAUCAUCAAUAAUCAGAGAGUCUUGGAUGAUGAAAUUUUC